AUGGACACGGGGAGACGGCGAGCUGUGAUUGCCAGGCGAGCCACGGUGCUCUGCCCAGCAGCCCCUCUGUCUCCGCGGAGCUGGCGCGGCUGCAGGCCGCGCUGCGCGAGGCUGCGGCGAGGCACGUGGCGGCGCAGGAGGAGAUCAUCGACACCUGGAGACGUCGCAUGCAGGCGUCGGAGGCAGGCUCCCCCAACGCGCCGCCGCGCGCAGACUGCAAAGACGACAAUCAUAGGGGAACGAAGGAUGACAUCAAAAAUAGGAGGUCCGCACGAAUUUCUCGGAUCGGCGCUGGACUCCCCUCUGGCGCGCGGAGCGCGCCAGGGGCGGCGCCGGAGGCGCUGCCAGGGGGCCCCAGCGCCGAUCCGAGAAAUCCGAACGGACCUCCGAGUUUUUAUGGUUGUGUCAAUUUUCGUUUCCCUAAGUCAUGGCUCGUACAGCAUGUUCGCCUCGCGCAGCGUCUCCGCGAAUAAGCAUCCCUCGCAGUCGCCGAGAUCGCUCUCCCACCAGUGGCAGAGCUCGGCCCCAGGACCAGACGAGGCGGCACCGGCCCUAACACUGGGCAGCCGGCAGUUCUCCGAGUCGCUGCAGUCGCCGCCGCGGCGCUUCAGUAGCGAGCGCAGGCGUAGCAUCGACGAGAGCUCUAUGAUGUCUUUGGACGCCAACUCUGUUCACCUGACUGCCUUCUCCGGUCUACGGUCGCACGAUGGCAGUACUGCUGGGUCGCAGGGUCCCCAGCAGCAGGAUCCAGGACUGGUGUCCAUGGUAACAGAGGGCUCUAAUGCCCUGAGCCGCAAGUACGAGAGGUUGCGUAUCUGGCUGUCCAAGCUCAAGGAACCAGAACGCGACGGACCGUUCGCAAAGUUCAUUGAGGGUAGCGUGUUCCAGACGGUGCUGAUAUUGAUUAUCGUUGCGAACGGUGUCUUCAUUUCACACCAGACGAACUACGCCGUGGAACACAUCGAUGCCAGCGACGAGGUCAGCAGUGAUAUGAUGAUCGCCGAACUAUGUUUCGUUAGUUUUUUUUCGGCUGAGCUCGCGAUGAAGUUGUGCGUGCAUGGUUGGUUUUUCUUCAUUCGGGAAGAUUGGGGUUGGAAUGUGUUUGACGCCUGCGUCGUUGCCGCUUCAAUCAUUGAUGUGGUGUUCACCUACUUGGAAGCUGCUGAUGGGAUGAACGUGACGCUCCUCCGAAUCUGCCGUUUGUUUAAGUUGUCUAAGGUGUUCCGCAUGUUCCGGGCAUUCAGGUUCGUCGGAGAGUUGCGUUUAUUGUUAAAGUGCGUCAUGGGGUGCUUUGCCUCGCUCUUCUGGUCAGUCAUUAUGUUGAUCUUCUUCAAGUUCCUCUUCGGCCUUUAUUUUGUGCAGGCAGUCACGAGCUACAUGCAGGAGUCGGAAGAUAUCGACGACGACACCAUACAGAGUUGCGUUUUCCAAUUCGGGUCCGUCCAGACGGCGAUGAUCACUUUGCUCAAGGCAACCACCGGCGGUCAAGAUUGGGACGAGGCGUACGAGAUCCUCCAGAAGGCUAAUUUAUUCGCAGCGGCACUGUUCCUCUUCUACAUUGUCUUCUUUAUGGUGGCCGUCUGGAAUAUCGUCACGAGCGUCUUUGUUGAGAAGAUCAUGGUGAUGGCUGCCCCGAACAUAGAGCAGGAGGCCUUCAAGAGGCGAAAGGAGGCUGAAGCUGACACACUCAUGCUGUUGGAGUUGGCGCGAAACUUCGACGAUAACGAUUCAGGGACGAUCUCCUGGGAAGAGUUUGUGAAGCUCAUGCAAGACGAAAAAUUCAGCUCGUAUUUCACUGUACGGGGGAUCGAUAUCAAGGACGGCCUGACGUUCUACAAGAUGCUCAGCACGAUCAGCGGCACGGACGAGGUGCCGCUGGAGUUGUUCGUGAGCGGGUGCUUGCGGUGCAAAGGCACGGCAAGCAGCGUCGAUUUGUACACAUUGGAGUACGAGUUCAAAGUGAUGCAUUCCAGCCAGAAGCAAUUCCAGACCUUGCUGCUGCAGCAGCUCAACGAAAUUCUGGAAAGCUAUCCUACGAAGACCCAGCAGCUCGACUUCUUUCCUGGGUGCCGCGAUCUGUCGGCAUUGCCCCAGGAUGACAUACAGUCCCCGACGACAAUGUUGACGGACCCUUCGAAGCCCACGUUCCCCAACGAGAGUGACGACACUCACUACAUCUGA